GCCGCACCCAGCCCACCAGCUCGCCAUGCAGGGCGACGACACCACCCUCUACGCCACCUUCCCGCCUCCCUCGUUCGCCGCCGCCGCCGGCGCAGCUGCCCCGCCUCCACCGAGCGCUGCCGCCGGGAGCUCCGUCGCGCCUGCCGAUCUUGGCACGCCCGCCAACGGCACGGCCGACUUCGAGGCCAUCAAGCGCUCGUUCGAGGGCGCAGGUCGCGCGCCCGCCGGCGCCGACGGCGCCCCCUCGAGCAACGGCGCCGCGCCCGCACUCGGCGGACCGGGCGCGCCUGGAGGCGGUGCAGGAGGCCCCGCCGGCGUGCACCCGGCUGCGCCCUACCAGGACGUCUACGCCGCCGCGGGCAUGACGCCCAACGGCAUGUACGGCCCGCCGUUCGGCGCCCACCCGCCGCCCCCCUUCGUCCCGGGCCAGCAGCAGCAGGCGUCGACGAGCAACGGCGCCGCCCCGCCGAUGCCGCCGCCCAACGCGGGCGCCUUCUCGAACGCGACGUCGCCGUACCUCGGGCACGCCGUGCCGCACAUGAACGGCGUCGGCCUCAACGGUGGGCCUGUCCCCCUCCCGUUCGGCUCGCCGCUUCCUCCCUCGGCGGGCCUGAGCAUGGCCGGCGGGCCCGGCCCGCUCUCGCACCCGCACGCUCAGCCUUACGCCGGCUCGGCGUUCGACCCGACGCCGGCGUCGCCCAACCCGUACGGCGGCCCGCCUGCACCCGGCGGCGCGCCGUUCGGCUCGCCUUCGCCUGGCGCGUUCGGCGGGCUCGGCAUGGGCAGCCCGUACCUCGGCAUGGGCAUGAGCCCUAUGCUCGGCGGCAUGGGGAGCCCACAGAUGGGCGGCGCAGGGUUCUCGCCCAUGGCGUACCCGAUCGGCGGCUCGCAGGCCAUGAACGGCAUGAGCGCGACCCAGACGCCCUCGACUCGUACGGUCUACGUCGGCAACCUCCCGUCGGACGCCUCGGUCGACGAGCUCCUGUCGCAGGUCCGCUUCGGCCCGAUCGAGAGCAUCCGCAUCCUGCCCGAGAAGAGCUGCGCCUUCAUCUCGUUCCUCGACCCGAACACGGCGGCGGCCUUCCACUCGGACGCCCUCAUGCGCAAGGUCCGCCUCCACGACCACGACCUCAAGAUCGGCUGGGGCAAACCGAGUGCCGUCUCGGCCAACGUCCUCGCCGCCGUCCAGCAGUCGGGCGCGACCCGCAACGUCUACCUCGGCAACCUCGACGAGGAGGUGACGGAGCAGACCCUGCGCGACGACCUGUCGCGGUUCGGCCCGAUCGACCAGGUCAAGAUCGUGCGCGACAAGAACAUCGGCUUCGUCCACUUCCUGUCGAUCGCGACCGCCAUCAAGGUCGUCCAAAACCUGCCGCAGGAGCCCGGCUGGGUCGGUCGCCGGGUCGCGUACGGCAAGGACCGCACGGCGUACGUCCCCAAGAACCAGCACCAGCAGCAGCAGCACAACAUGGCGGCGGCGGCAAUGGGCAGCAUGGCGGCGACGUACGGCGGCUUCGGCGGGCUCGGUUUCGGAAGCCCCAACAUGGGCUACGCUCAGACCGUCGACCCGAACGCGCAGCCGGGCAACCGCACCAUCUACCUCGGCAACAUCCACCCCGAGGUCACGGCCGAGGAGAUCUGCAACAUCAUCCGCGGCGGCAUCCUGCAGCAGAUCCGCUACAUCCCCGACAAGCACAUCUGCUUCGUCACGUUCGUCGACCCGCACUGCGCUCUCGCCUUCUACCAGACGGCGUCGUUCCAGGGCAUCGCGUUGCACAACCGGCGGCUCAAGGUCGGCUGGGGCAAGCAGUCGGGUCCGACAUCGCCCGGCAUCGCCAUGGUCGUCCAGGCCGGCGGCUCUCGCAACGUCUACGUCGGCAACAUCGAGGACUUUGAGACGUACGACGAGGACAAGCUGCGCAAGGACUUUGGCGAGUACGGCGAGAUCGAGCUCGUCAACUUCCUCAAGGAGAAGCAGUGCUGCUUCAUCAACUUUACAAACAUCACCAACGCCAUCAAGGCGAUCGAGGGCAUCAAGCAGCACCCGGACUACGCCAAGCUCAAGAUCUCGUACGGCAAGGACCGCUGCGGCGGCGCGCCCCGCCAGUUCCGGGGCUUCGACCUGCGCAACCAGCAGCGCGGCCACCAGCAGGGCCAGCAGCAGCAGGGCCAGGACGGCUCGGUCAACGGCGGCGGGUUCCCGCGCUCGCCGUUCACGGACCCGCUCUCGUUCCCGACGACGCCGCUCCAGGCCGACCAGCUGCAUCUCGCCGAGGGAGGCGAGCCGUCGUCGCCGCACCUGCCCGAGAUCGGCGCGCUCGUCCUCGACGAGGAGGCGGCCGCCGCCGCGACGGGUCAGUCGCCGCAGGCCUGAACGAGCCGCCGACGCCCUCCCCCUUCUUCGCAACUCUCUCCUUUCGCCCGUGUCCGUCCGCCCGACCAACUAGUCGGCUUUCGCCCCUCGCCUUUCCCCCCCUUUCCUUCGUCUUUCGCCCUCGCGGUCGCCCUUGCCGUCCCUCCCUCGUCCUCGACUCUCGCCCUCACUCGCUCUCUUCGCAAACUCGCCGUCGCUCCGUGGACACUCGACUCUUUCACCUCGCCGUCUCUGCAUCCACUCGCCUCUCGCCCGGGCCUUCUAUUUCCCCUUCCCUCGUCCCUCUCGCGUCUUGGGUCGGUACAGAGUGCAGCAGGAGCGUCGCUCUGGUAGUGGGUGCGGCGGUGUGCAACUCGUCCCUCUCGUCUCGUC